GGUCUUAAGCCCGUCCCUCUCGUCGAGAAAAUAAGUUGGUCCAAUCCACGCUUUUCUGUCAUCUUUUUCAAAGUGGUUGCUGGCAUAUAAAACGAGGUGGUGGACGAAGAAGAAGAAGGGAUGGGAAAAAGAGGGGGAUGGAUGGACGGAUGGAUAGUAAAAUAUUAUUUGAAUUCUUAUUCUCAUUGUUAAAGUAAAAUCGUGCUGGUGUAUGUAAUACGGUGUCCCCCAGUGUAUAGCAUCAUUUUCUAUUACAGGAGAGGGCAUAGUGACAAUAGGAGUAGUAAAAAAUCCGUCGUAUUAUUAUUUUACUGGCCUCUCUCAAAUUCAGCCUCCUUUUACUUAGUCACUUUACAUAGGAGGCUACACGCAGCUGGGGUGUCAAAUAAACUUUAAAUUUAAAAAUUAAAGCUGUUUGGAGCGAAUUUGGUCGGAUUUUUGACCAGUGUAAAACUCUUGGGCCCAAGAAUUUGGUAAUCAAGGAGAGAAAGAGCGAGAGAGAAGAGUGGUCAAGUUUUGUGCGUUUUUUUACUUGAGUGGUUCAGUUCAAGAAAAAGUAACCCAACCAACGACGGAUAUAAUAAAUACUUGAAUCGAACGUCGAGUUGAUGAAAUUUGAAGGGAAAAAAUGUUGACUCAAUUCUGACUAAUUAACGAUGUGAGGAAGGAAUGAAUGAGUUUGAAAUUCUUAAACUUGGCGUGGUCGUCAUGUCAUGACGCUAAAUUUUCAUGAUGUAGUGUGCAUUGUACUACUUUCCCCUCGACUACCAAAUACCUUUUGAUUAACACUUGGUUUUUAGCUGUUAAAAAAUGUGAUACAAAAUUUCAAUUUUUUCCACAAGUUUGCUCGUGCCAGGAGAUGAUGGAGGAGGAAAAACUAAGUGUGCCAAAAUGCGUGAAGACAUGUAAAUAUAUACGAGUGAUUUUAAGUGGCGUUUGUUUGUGUGACGGGGAAUGGUCAUAAUUAAAGUGUUUUUGGUGUCGUAAUGUCAGUCGACUAAUUUUGGUGGAGACGGGUUGACAUCGAGUUAGCGUGCUUUGACAAUCUCAUCAUUCUCAGCUCGGUGCACUUAUCGAGAAAAUCACAAUUUUAUCAAGGCAAAGGUUAUAAUCUGAAAAAAACGGAAUGGAUGGCAUUGUCGGGAAAAACACAAGUUUUAUUGCCACCAAUUACUGAGAUAUCGUGAAAAUGGGAUGAUUUUAAGAUAAAACUGGAGAAGAUUCACAAAAAAUGACACGUAAAUUCUUAAUCAUGAAAAAGUGGACUUGAAAAGAAUCGAAUUGCUCAAAAAUGUAAGAAUUGACCCCGGUUUAUUAAAUCGAGCUUGAUGACUGUGCCUUUUAACACUUGAUACACACCUAUCGAAGAAGGAUAUGACAACAUAAUAAUACGACUGAACUAUUAAUUACACACUUUGAUAUUAAGAGAUAAAAAGUGUCAAGUUUGUCAGAAUCCUGACCCUUCCAACAAUACAUAUUUGCUUUAUACGUAAACUAUUUACCCUUCUUGAUUUGGGUGCUAAUUCGAGUUAUUAAAGUACCCCUAACCACGAUAAGAGAUCCAUAUUAAUCAUGCCCGACACUGGAAUCAUGUCAUCAUCGUCGUCGAACCCCGUCCAUCACCAUCACCACCACCACAACGACAACGGCAACGACGACUACAAUGGGAACAAUGGUCCAGACUUUUAUCCGAGUACUACCUCCUCCCAGUACGGCCGACCACCUCCUCCCCCCGUGAACCAUGGGACCACUCCGCUCUCCCGCACGAGCCACGUCCUUCUCCACCACUCCAACAACGACCAGAACAAUAACUCGGAGCUGGAAGAGCUUCAAGGUCAACCUCCCCCAAUCCGUGGGCCUCCCCCCUCCCGCCCAAACCCCAAUAGAGACUUAUUCGAAGAAAUCCGAAAUGGGGGAGGUCACUGGAGUCAACUUCUUCGUCAAGUCUUCCUACGACUGCCACCACCUCCGCCGCCUCCGCCCCCACAGUCACAAGAUUUAAAUAGUACUAGUAGCAUUGCCAAAGAAAGCCGGGUGGAGGGUGACGAGGACGGUGACGAUGGGGGCCCACCCCCCCUGGACAUUGAUGGAGGGUCGGAAAACGGCCAGUUCGCAUAUGUGGGCGAGGUCACGGGCGAGAUAGAUGCUUGGAUUGAUUUCGGCUCCUUGCAAAGUGGUGAUAUCAUCCUGGACGUGCAGGGGCAACAGGUUGCUGGGUACACGCAGGCCGACGUCCUUUCCCUGCUCCAUCACUGUCUCAGAUCAAACCCUGCCAAUCACACGACGCAUCUCACCGUCGCUCCCAGAGGAAGUCUGGGUCCCGAAUUGAGAUCUUAUUUGAACACGAGGUUUCAAAAGGGCUCCGUCGACCACGCCUUGCAAGGCGUCGUUCGCGACAAUCUCUACCUCCGAACCGUCCCCGUCACGACGAGACCGCCCAGACCCGGCGAAAUCAACGAUGUAGACUACACUUUCCUGUCCCAGGAGGAGUUCAUGGAACUGGAGAGGAACGGGAGUCUGCUCGAGAGUGGGGUUUAUGCCGGAAAUCAUUACGGAACUCCGAAACCCUGGGCGAACCGAGCUCGUGAGAUGAGUAACCAGUCCUCCAUGCUUGCCGGUGGUGGGGUUGGCGGAAAUAGCAUGAGUAUUGUCGGCAGCUCUUUGAACAAUUCAGACUCGAUGAUGAUGACGAGCAAGGGGACAAUUCUGCCAGGGAUGCACCCUUCCUCUGAGGGAAAGCGGAGGCGAAAUCGGUCCAAUGUCGAAGCCCUGGGCGCAGGGGAUGACGCUAAUGAAGACCAGCCAUCAAAUGCAGGUGGUGGCAGUGGAGGUCCUCCCACCGUGCCUCCAAUCACCUACUCACCACGCUUCCAACCCCCGGAGGACGAGCUGGGUCCGCUUCCCUCCAACUGGGAGAUGGCCUACACGGAGAAGGGCGAGGUCUACUUCAUCGAUCACAAUACGGGAACCUCGCAUUGGUUGGAUCCUCGUUUAUCCCGUGUGCAGAAAAUGUCCCUCGAGGAGUGUGACGACAACGAGUUGCCCUUCGGCUGGGAGCGGAUCGACGAUCCCCACUACGGCACCUACUACAUCGACCAUGUCAACCGACGAACCCAGUUUGAGAACCCAGUCCUCCAGGCCAAACAAACCACCCCCACGAGCAGCAGUAGCAAAGUAGGACUAACCGACCAACAACUACUUGCCGAUGGUCAACAAAGUCAGAGUCGACCCCCACCCGGGGGUAAUUUCCCACCCCGAUAUUCUAGUGCUAACCCUCCCCCACCAAACCCCAAGCCUUCCAAUCACAACAAUCGACUGUCCAUCCCGAGAGGGAAAACACCCGACACAACUCUUGAAAAUCAUACUCAUAGUCAUUCCACCCUCAUGUCCAAUCAUAACCCCUCGUCCUCUGCGAUACCGAAAUUCAGUGGUGGUCUGAGUGGCUUGAAAGUGAAGACGAUGGAGCGAUCGCCCAACAGAUUCUUCACCAGAGAUCCGACUCAACUCGUUGGGGAGCGGAUUGGAACAAUUCUUGUCAAAUCGUCGCGUGGGUUAGGCUUCACGAUUGUUGGGGGAGACGAUGACGACGGGUUGGACGAGUUCCUACAAAUCAAAUCUGUUGUUCCUGACGGAGCGGCCUGGCGUGACGCAAAGUUAAGAACGGGGGACGUUCUUGUCCGCGUGAAUGGGCGCUGUGUUCUGGGCUACACGCAUCAGGAGAUGGUCUCCAUAUUUCAGAGCAUUUCCCCCGGGGAGGAAGUUCACUUGGAGGUUUGUCGCGGUUAUCCGCUCCCUUUCGACCCGUCCGAUCCCAACACGGAAAUCGUUACAACCAUCGCGGUGGAACCAUUCAAUCCGAAUGGAGAUAAGAGGUUGGAAUGGACGACACGAGCUGCCACACCGGACAGUCUUGCCCAUUCCGCCCACUCCCUUCCGGAGCUGUCGGGUGACCGGAUCAUGGGGGGUGGGGGUGGAGGGUACGGGAAGGCCGGCCGCCCCGCCAGUGUCGACCUACUCGGGGAACGCUCCUCGGACAAAAGGUUCUCGCCGAAACACGUGGGCCGUCCCAUGGAGAAUGGGACGUUUCUCACGGUGGCCAUAAACAAGGGCACGGCCGGCUUUGGGUUCACCAUUGCCGACAGUCUCAACGGACAAAAGGUAAAAAAGGUUCUGGACUCGACCCACUGCGGCGGUUUGGAUGAGGGGGAUCGACUCAUUGCCAUCGACGGAAUCGACCUUCGCGGUCUCAGUCAUACUCAAGUUGUCCAAAUUCUGAAGGACUUUCCGCUGGGGCGCGACGCAUCGCUCACGGUCCAACGUGUCCAUUCACAAGUCUUCAGCAAGAAGUUCAGCCCCGGUAACAACGACUACUCCGAUUCCCGGGUGACGCUGAACAGUGCGGGGAUAUCUCCACGGAGUAAGACGCCCACAGCGGGAGACUUGGGGAGGAGUCGACCCAGGUUGAGGGACAGUCUACCCGAGAGGUCAAAAACGCCCGUGUUCGUGUUCGAUGGUCACUACAAUGGCGAUGGUGGGGCCGCGAUGUACAACGGGAAUGGGCCACUCAGUCCGAACAGCAUCCAUGUCCAAGGUCAUCCUGCCGCCCAUCCCAUGUUGUCGCCCGGAGGAAUGGGAAACAGUAACGAGGGGAGGGUCACUCCUGGGGAAGUGGGAGAUCUCAACCAUCAUGCGGCCAACAUAAGGGACUGGAUCGAGAUGACGAUCGAGCUGCAGAGACGUCAGGAAGGAUUUGGUUUUCGCAUCGUGGGAGGGACGGAGGAGGGAUCGCAAGUGUCCGUGGGUCACAUUGUCCCCCGCGGCGCGGCGGCUGUUGACGGUCGUCUCCAAACCAACGACCAGCUCAUAGCAGUGGACAGUAUUUCCGUCAUUGGAGCUUCCCACCAUUCCGUGGUCCAACUCAUGGCACGAGCCGCGUCGGCACACAGGGUCAGACUGACGGUGCGGAGACCCAUCUACGCCGUAAAUCCUGUCCCACCGGCCAUGGAGAUGGGGACCGUGACCACGCCGUCGCAUUCUCCUGCGGCAGGAUUUCAGACUCCGCUCCACGUUAUUCUAAAGAGACAGCCGUCCGAAGGAUUUGGUUUCGUCAUCAUUUCGAGUGCUUCAAAAGCUGGGGCGACGAUCGGUCGCAUUGUGGACGGAAGUCCGGCGGACAGGUGUGGUCACCUCAACGUUGGUGAUCGCAUUUUAGCUGUAAAUCAGACCGAAAUCUCUCAACUGCAUCACUCCCAGGUCGUCCAGCUCAUCAAAGAUUCCGGCCUCAUGCUCACCCUGAGCGUCCUUCCAGUACAAAUUGACCCCAACGGCGGAGGGAUGCACCAUCCGCAGCAGCAGCAGCAACAACAAACCUCCUCACAACUCUCCCCCAUCAACCACAACAACAUGAUGACGACCGACAUGGAAAACUUUACGCUGAAGGACAACAAUCUAGGCUACGACAUGGGGACGGCCUUCAUCAAUCCGGAAAGUCAACCGGUCCACUUUGGAUCCAACCACAGUGGUUCCUCGUUCCCCAUGGACAGCAAUGGGGUUGACCAAGUCUUCUCUGUCCAUUUGAGCAGAGGGAAUCGUGGCUUUGGUUUCUCCAUCCGGGGUGGCAAAGAAUUCCAGAAUAUGCCAUUGUUCGUCCUCCGACUGGCAGAGGAUGGUCCUGCUGCGGGGGAUGGGAGGAUGCAGGUGGGUGACCAAAUCUUGCAGAUUAAUGGGAUUAGCACGCACGGGAUGACACAUUCGCAAGCUAUCCAUCUAAUCAAGACGGGCGGUGCUUCUGUUCACUUGCUCCUUCGAAGGGGCUCUGUUCCAAUCCCAUAUCUCAAUCAGAUGCCAAAUUUCCAAGGUGGCGGCGGGGGAUUUAUCAACGGUCACGAGGAAAUCCAAUCCGUGUCGAGUAACAACGACCAGCAAUUCAUGGGACGGUCGGCCUCUCCCAUGUUCAGAGAUCACCACCAUCACGCCUACCCGUCUCAAAUGUAAUCAAUCCUUGCAAUUUCCAGAAUGAAAUUAAGAGGUCAAAGGGCGUGUCGUGACAUCUCCGAUUACUGAAUACGUAGCCAUACCUAUUACUUAGAAUAAACCUGCUGAACUUUUCUUUUAUUGUCUAGAAGAAUUGCUAAUUGCUUACAUGUUUUCAGAAGCCGAUAAGUUAUAUGCAUAAAGAUCUUGCUUUGUGAAUUUUCUUAUUGUUAUUACUUCAAGAUAAGGUUGUGAAGGUUAUCUUGAGCUAAUCAAUUUUUGUCAGGUUGGUAGUGAUAUUAUUAUGAAUGAUGAUUAAUUAUGAGACUACUUAAAAAAGAAACUAGGAACUUAUUUUCUAUCCCCGAUAUUUUACAUGUCACGACAUUUCUGUUACAUAUGUACAUACGUCUUUACAAAAACGUUUUAUUUUGUAGAUUAAUUAAAUUAAAUUAAGUAAUACAGAAAUUUAAUUAUCUGUUAUUUCAGGAAUACUCUUACUUGUUAUUGUUAAAUGUCUGUGAAAAAUGUGAAGUAAUAAGUUAACAAGUCUGGAAAUUUAAUAGUUGGUUAAAUUUAUAUAAAAAUAACAAUGAUGUUAAAUCAUGAAUCGUUUAUACACGAAUAGAGAUUGGCGUGUUGAAAAGGUAGCCGUAGAAAAAUUAUACGUGGUUUGGAAAUAUUUUGUCUUACGUGAAUCUUGUUUGUUUUUUAUUUUCCCAAAAUACUGUUAUAUUUACGUACACAUAUACUUAACUUUAUUAGUGAAAGUUACAAACCUCCACUCUUUCGUUGACAUGUCUUUCGCACACUUGUGAUUUCGAGAUAAGGACAGAUUUGGUAUGGGUAAGAAACAAUGGCAGAAUUUAUGAGUUACAAAACGAAUCAUCACGCUGAAAACUGAACCCGUGAACCAAUCAGAUAAUAAUUUUACUUAAUUAACUGACUACCGAUGAUACCAAGGAACACAUUACAUGAAGAUGCGGUUAAACACCCGUCUAACCCAUUGCUCGGACACAGUUUAAACCCUUUAGAAGGUGACAGGUGACUACUGUGGAAUGAGAGUGAAACUAUGAAAUCCUUCCGUCCUAUACUUAACGUACUUAUUUAAACGACACAUGUAGAUACACAAAUAAUAUAUGUAGACGUUAUUACAUACAUUGCUGUACUUUUUAUACGCCGACUUUUCUAUUUUUCCAAUAAAAAACAAAUACAUAUCUUAAUGCAGAA